GUUAAUUCAAGAAUAGCAGAAGAAAGCGAACGAGCAUAUUUCGUGUCGAAGGUGAGAUUGUUCUUUCUUUCUUCAUUAAACAUUUCCAACAGUAUAAUUUGCUUAUCGAAUAAGUCAACUAAUAAGUGUAUGAAUCUUCGUAAUUUGAACAAAUAUUGUUCAAGAAAUCAUUUUCGUAAUUUCAAGCUUUGGCAGUUAUCACUUGAAGGUAAAUUCUUCGGUAGAUUAAAAUAUUGGCGCGUUGAUAUAUCACUGGAAAUCAAAUUAUAG